CUGCGCCCGCGAGCGCUGCCGCAGCGGGGCGCGGCUCGCGUGCGACGGCUACGGCAACUACAGGGAAGCGAUGUUCCGGCAGCUGGAAGAUGACUACGUGCCAGCGGCAGCGCCGGGGCUUAGCGAGGCUGCGUUCCUGAGCUAGACUGCGUUUGCAUCACCAGAGCCCAGAAAAUCUACGAGUGAAGGUUAAUCAAUGAUAUGCCCUAUUAUUUUCAGGUGGACCUGUACCGCGAGAUCACGUUCCGCAACUCGGGGCAGACGUACCGCGGCAUCCCCGUCAUGGCCAGCAACAUGGACACCGUCGGCACCUUCGAGAUGGCGCACGAGCUCGCCAAGAACGGCCUGUUCACGUGUAUUCACAAAUACUACUCCAUAGAUGACUGGAAGAAAUUCGCCAGCGAACACCCUGAAAGCUUAGAGCAUAUGGCCGCCAGCAGCGGCACAGCCGAAGCCGACUUUGAGAGACUGUCAGACAUCCUGAACAAUGUGAAGGAGCUGAAGUUCGUGUGCCUCGACGUAGCCAACGGGUACUCCCAGCAUUUCGUAGAGUAUGUGCGGAAGGUGCGGGCGGCAUUCCCUACACACACCAUUAUUGCCGGUAACGUCGUAACAGGUGAAAUGGUUGAAGAGUUGAUAUUAUCUGGUGCGGAUAUCAUCAAGGUGGGCAUCGGGCCAGGCUCGGUGUGCACGACUCGCAUCAAGACGGGCGUGGGGUACCCGCAGCUGUCCGCCGUCAUCGAGUGCGCGGACGCGGCGCACGGGCUCAAAGGGCAUAUCAUCUCGGACGGCGGCUGCACGUGCCCCGGCGACGUGGCGAAAGCGUUCGGCGCGGGCGCAGACUUCGUGAUGGCGGGCGGCAUGUUCGCCGGCCACGACCAGUGCGGCGGCGACGUGGUGACGCGGCCCGACGGGAAGCGAGUCAAGCUGUUCUACGGCAUGGCCUCGUCCACGGCCAUGCAGAAGCAUUCGGGUGGUGUGGCUGAGUACCGCUCUUCUGAAGGUAAAACGGUAGAAAUUGACUACCGCGGGGACGUGAACGACACUAUCAAGGAUAUCCUCGGAGGCCUGCGGUCGUCCUGCACCUACGUGGGAGCCUCCAAGCUCCGGGAGCUGCCUCGGCGGGCUACAUUCAUCCGCUGCUGUAGACAAGUCAACGACGUCUUCUCUUAACUUAUGUUCUCCUGGUACUUUGGAAAUCGGUUUCAAGCUAUCUGAAUCAUAAUUUACUUAUAUCAAAUUUAGUAGCUAUUUUGAUGUUAUUUAUUUAUUUGAGCUACACUUCAUUAUGCUUUUUUAGAAUAUGACAUGAAAGUGAGGCUGUACUUAUACUAAAAACUAUCGCAGAAACUAAAUGAUAAGUAAGUAGGUAAAUAUACACCGUAUUUGUAUUGAAUUUUACUCGAGUGUUUGGAAGAUUUAUUGUGAGGACAGAUAGUGGAUAAAGAUAGGAAAUCCAAUUGUUACAAAACAGACAAUCGUUGGUGCUGCAUUUUCAAUCAUUACUUAAGUUCAUAAAACAUUAAACAAUAUUAUUAUUGUAUCUUUGAUAUGAUAACGCCUGCUAAGAUAGACGUAGACACAUUAAGUUGGACAUAGAUUAGAGACGAGACCAAUGAAGAUGAUUUUUGGUAGAAUCAAGAUAUCUAAGGAAUCAAUGGUGAUCUCCCAUAACUGCAAUAACUGCUUGCAGAAGAAAAAUACGUCCAAGUGAAUUAUGUAGACCUAUAAAAUCCCUACUUAUGGAGGUACCUAAUAUCAAUCACAACUGAAUAACCUUUCAUUAUGAAAAAUCAUAGUUAUAAAAUUAAGUUAUUUUAUCUCACAGCUGAAUUUGUUCUUCUCUCUCUACUCAGUUAUUAUAUUCACUUUCAGAGCCUACUUGAGAUGUAAAUGUAAUCUAUCCCUUCCCUUUAUUUCUUCUCUGUUACUUGAGGUUAUGUCAAUUUUUUGUUAAAUUUAUAAGUACUUAUUUAUAAUUCUAAGUAGGUAGUUACAUGUAGUUUGGCCUAUGUUCACAUGUUGUUUAUUAUUAUAGUCUUCGUACUUACAAUAAGUACUUAUCACACACGCACAAUGCUAGGCUAUUUUAUGAUCGAACAAAUAAGUUUUAGCAGUGAAUUUAGGCAGUUACAUUCUUUGUUAUUACUAUCUAAGUUUAUAGGUACUUAUAUUUAUAUUUUGCUCUAUUUUAUCGUACAGUACGUUUGGUGAAUACCUAUGUUGUUUUUGAGUUGUUCUUUAAAUUUAUUAUAAUAGUUGAUGAAAAAAUGAA